UUUUAUUGAGGCCUUGUCGCUCAUCUGCAACAUCUCCCUUCAGAAUGGCGUCUGGAUUCUCGGGAAGGAUACCAACACCUCGUCUUUUGCUCAGGGACAGACUGAAGCCUAACACUCUGACUCCCUCUGCCUUCCAGGAGGAGGUAUCUCUCAGCACCAAGCAGAGGCUGGCCAAAGCUAAGAAGCUGAGUCUGCCUCAGAUUGUCCAGCCUCAAGACAAGCAUGAGAGCUCUCAUCACAAGUUCUUGGCAGCUGAGCCAGAGCAGAGCUCAUUUCAGCCUUGCCCACCAGAGGUGGUGUUUCAGAACUACACCCCUGGUGAGGUCUAUGAAGUGCCGGUGGUUCUGAGGAACAGGGACAAGGUUCCUCACUUGGUGAAGGUCACGUUGGAGAGCUCACCUUAUUUCCAGCUGGUGGGCCCCAAUGACGUGUGCUGCAAGGUGCCACCGGGCCUCUACGCAAUUGUCCGCGUCCUCUUCACCCCUGGGCAGAACAAAGAUUAUUUCCACAAGCUCCUCUGCACCACUGAAAGGGAAGAGUUCAUUGUGCCAAUUCGGGCCAUUGGUCCCCGAGCCAUCCUGGACUUCCCUGACCAGCUGGACUUCUCCACGUGUCCGGUCAAGUACAGCAGCGAGAAGACUCUGCUGGUUCGCAAUGUCGGUAACCGGCUAGCUCGUUACCAGCUGAGCACCCAGAGCCCUUUCUCUGUCAUUCCGGCCACGGGAACUCUGGAUGUCGGUGGUGCCAUGCAGGUGACAGUGGAAUUUCAGCCACUGAAGAGUGGGGACCAUUCCGGGUCCCUUGUCGUGCACUACGACACAGGUGAAGAGACCCACACAAGCCUUCAUGGAAGAGCUGUGGAUGUCCCCAUCAGGCUGGGCAGGAAUACUGUGAGCCUCGAGAAGACGUACAUCGGCAUGUCAAACCGCGCAACCGUGCGCAUCCACAACCAGAGCGAUAUCACAGCCCGCUUCCAGUGGAAGGCUGUUGAUACUGAGGAAGAGGAGCAUCAGCUGGAGCUGAGGCAGUAUCCCAGGAUAUUUCGGCAGCAAAAGGAGAAGUUAUAUGAUUUUCUGAAGGAGCGCGGAGUGGACAUCACUUGCCGAGAACACCUUGCUCUUCUGACCCACAGCUUCCAAAGUGAGGUGGCAAAGAUCAGAGAAGAUGGCAUCCUGUUCCAUGAUGACGUUUUCUCCCUUGAGCCGAAGGAGGGUGAGAUCAGGCCGAAUUGCUCGGCUGAAGUCAGCGUGUUCUUCACGCCCCAGGAAGCCCGGGUCUAUAAGCGAGCAGUUUACUGUGACAUCUCAGGCCGUGAGAAGAGGAUGCCCCUGCUCCUCACAGGGGAAGGCCUCGGGCCCCGGCUCCAUUUCCAGUUUGAGGAGCUGAACAUCGGGGAGGUUUUUGUCAGAGUAACCCACAGAUAUGAGGCGGUCCUGUUCAACAAUGGGCCUAUUGAGGCUCCCUUCAAACUCAUCCCUCCAAGCACAGCCAUGGGCUCCUGCUUCACCUUCCAGCCCCAGGAGGGCAUCGUGGCACCCUCCACACUCCAGGCCAUCAGUGUCUCCUUCUGUCCCACCAUCCUGGGGCAGUUUGAGGAAGAAUUCUGCUUUGAUGUGUCUGAAUCCCCUGAGCCUGUGACCUUCACUAUCAGGGGCUACGUGAUGGGCCCGACUUUCCAUUUCGAUGUGUCCGCCCUCGACUUCGGUGACGUCUCCUUUGGUUUUCCUCGCACCUUGAACUGUUGCCUGUUUAACACCUCCCUGACACCCAUAUCUUUUCAACUCUACAUUCCUGGAGAUGGCUUGGGAGAGCCCAGUGUUGACAGCUCUACUCAGAUACGCAAAUGCAGUAGCCAGUCUUGGAGGAAGGAAGCUCAAGGUCUUAGGAGGCCAAGGGAAUUUGACAUAAGGCCCUGCAGAGGGACCGUCCGUGCCCUGGGAUCCCAGGAUAUCAAGGUCACCCUGUGUUCCAACACUGUUGGAGAGUACAACCUGCAGCUGGUGCUGGACGUGGAUGAUGUCGGCGAGAAGGUGUUGGCAGUGCCCCUCACAGCCAGAUGCGUCGUUCCUCCACUGCGAGUGCUCAACCCUGUGGUGAAGUUGGGGUACUGCUUUUUCAAGACCUGCUAUGAUGAGAAGCUGACCCUUGUGAAUGACAGCGACUUUCCUGGCUGCUACUGUCUUCUCCCUCAGGAACACAAGGAGGAGGCUGCUGCAUGGUGCUCCAGCCCUGCACCGCCUGGGAUUAUCGAGGCUCACAGCUCGGUGGAGAUCCCAAUUGCAUUCGAGGCCCAGUCGCUGGGAGAGUGCAGCAUCACUGCUGAGCUGGCUGUGUUUGGGAGAGCAGGAUGCCCACUGAAAAUCCAAUUAGAGUGCAUUGGCCAGGGACCUGUUGUCUAUGUCCAUCCGAGGGAGAUAAACUUCGGCUCUAUCCCAGUCUUAGAAGAUUGUUUCCAAACUUUGCACCUCGCCAAUCAGUGUCACCUUCCUGCAACCUUCCGGGUGGAGAUGCCUGGGAAAGACUCCUGCUGGAGGAUUGAGCCCAGUCAUGGAGUGGUCCCCCCUAAACGUGACAUAUCCGUGACUGUCAUAGCAAACCUGAAUGACACAGUGAAAUUCCGGGAGAAGGUGAAGGUGUUCAUUGAGAACAGCUAUACGACCAUCAUCUCUCUCCAGGCUGUGGGCAUUGGCACCACAAUUGUCACGGACAAACCUCUCACUCCGAAGCUGGACUUGAAGUCCCACUUCAGCUUUACUCCCUGCUAUUUCCAUUUCAAAGUGACAAACAGAGGACGACGCAUGCAUCGGCUGUACUGGAACACAGAAGGUUUCCGCACGCGCUGGCGCCGUGAUCGCGCCCCUGCCCUCGGUGGCACCAAAAGCAAAGGUGCUUCCCCGAUGCCCAGACCUGGCAGCCCCGUGUUCAGGCUGUGGCCGCCGCAGGUGGACCUGAUGCCGGGCCAGAGUGCGGACAUGGUGCUGGAAGGCUGCUCCAGCACUGCCCAGGAGGUGAAGGAGCGGCUGCUGUGUCAGGCUUUGGUGGGGAAAGAGAUAACAAAGAAACAGAUAAUGCAAGUGGAUGUCACCUGCAACUUCAUUUGCCCUGUUCUGCAAAUGUCUUCCAGAGCAAUCACUUUCUGUGUGGUAAAGGAGCCCAGUGAUGUCCUGACACAGCACUACAAGCCUUUUUCUUUAAAAAACACCAGCCCUCUGCCAGUCAGCAUUGUGCUGGACUUGGAGCAGCCAUUCCUGAUCUGCAAUGUGGACUGGCAGCCUCUCCCUGCAGAUUCCAAGCCCAUAACACUGGAUGUAGGGGAGGAACUUCAUCUCUGCAUCCAGUUUAACCCAGCUUAUGAGAAGAAUCUGCACAGCCGGGUGGUCAAGAGGGUUCUCAGGGUGCGCUUCAUGAAGCAUCCUCGUGAGGAGAAGAUCACCGUUCGGGGAGAAGUCCACUUCCCCAAUCUCCAUCUCCAGGCCAAGGCCGUGGACUUUGGCUGCAUCAUAAACGACACUGAACAAGUGCUGCAUAUGGAGAUGACCAACUGCAGCCCACUGGCCGUGGAAUACCGCUGGUCAUUCCUGGCGGACAGCCUGGCGAACACCAUAAGGUUCAUCUCUCCACCACCUAAAUUCAAACCCCAGUCAUCAAAGAAGAAGGGAGUGUUUCCACGGAGAUACUCCAAGACUGAAAGUGUGGAUGAGCCAACUGAAACCCCAGAAACAAUGCAGGAUUCUGCUCAGGAGGACUCUGACCAGGAGCCAGCAGAUGCAGAGGAUUCCUUGGAAAAAGAGGUGCUGUCAUCCACUCCUGGGGAGUCUCGGAGCCCGGUGAGGAUGAGGGGAUUGAGUCAAUUCUCCGAGACGGAGCACCCCAACGUGACAAUGCCUCAGGUUUUUGAUAUCAUGCCGCUGUGGGGAACGCUGCAGCCAGGAAAGAGCCAGAAGGUCACCUUCACCUUCUUUGGCCACGCCAACAUCAUCGCCCGUGCCACGGCGCUGUGCCGCGUGGAGGGAGGCCCCAGCUACAAGGUGGUGCUGAGCGGGCAGGCCUCGUGCCCCAGCUACCAACUGGACGUGGAGGAGAUUGACUGGGGGCUGCAGGUGUUUAACAAAGUCCUCAAAGCAGGGAUCACCCUGCGGAACAACGGGGUUAUGAAAUUCACCUACGUGGUGCAAGACUCCAGCACAAAGCCUCUGCCCGGGGUGCCCGUGGUCGUGCCCCGCAAGGGCUCCAUUGCACCUGGCAAGAAGCGAGUGCUGAAAGUCUCUUAUCUGCCAGAAAAGCCAGGAGCGUUCCGCAGGACUUUCCAGGUCCAAGUGGCUCAUCUGGAACCGGCAGAAAUCGUCCUGAAAGGAAAGACGAUCUUCCCUGGGGUUACCAAGUGCCUGCCCAGGAUGCUGAAAGAGGAGAAGAUACUGGAAGAGGAAGAAGAAAACCCAGAGAAAGAAGAAAAGGAAAGUGAUGAAUCAUCUGUUGCCAUGGAGUCACUGGUGGAGUCACUGAUGGAGUCACUGAUUGUCACAGCUGAACGACAGGCUAGUGUCCAACAUCUCCCCAGGGGCUCUUCAGCUGAGGGGCUCCCCCAGCAGCAUCCUGGGUCUGGUGGAAGAGGUGGGAGGGUUAUUCCACUUGGGAAAUUGGAGGAGUAGCAGCUGUGCUCCCUCCCUCAAAGUUGCCUUUGCUUGUGGCCAGCCCAUGCUCCAUGCUUUGAGCUCUCAGACAGAUACUGCCAUAAUCAGAUUAUAAGAUUUCUGGGCCACUUGCUGAAUUUGGAGAGCUUGUGGUGUGUUCUCUUUUAUGACUGAGAGAAAUAUUUGUAUUCAAGUGUUUAUACCUAUAAAGUGAGCAGAAUAUUCAGAGUCAGUGAAGGGCCAAGCACUAGCAAACUCCUCUUCAUUAGCUGUGUAAAUGGCAAGAAGGGCAACUGAACUGGUGAACUUUGUGGUCUACAAAUGGCCUUAUUCAUGAUAGCCCUCAUUUACUUUUUUAUUGGUGUAUGAUUCCACAAAGCAUUUCUCUCCUGUUCUGGAAUGCAGAGGUUAAGCGGAAAAAAAUACUGUUUAAAAACAAAAGCCUAUUUCUAUAGUUGUAUA